AUGCUGCUUGCACAACUCCAACAUGUGCAACUUUUAGAAAAAGGAUAUCAAGAGUCCCGUUUCGCCCCUACACGGAAGCUUUGCCCAUAUAUCCAGAAAUCUCAAAGUCGAUCAGAUUUGAGUCCAGCCUUUGCGAACGACCUUCAACCAGUGACCGAUGAGGCUGUGGGAGAUGGAGAAAAGCUGGCUGAUGAGACCAAGGCUCGAUCAAAUGACCAUUCUAGCCAACUACAAACACGCGAGGAGGGUCAAUUGCUCCGAAUCUCAGGCUCAUGCGAUAACCAAUUAGGAUCUCCAACAAGCAGUAUCCCACAGAAAGGGAUCGCUACACUACAAGUCUCAUCUAAAGGCAAGGAUCCGGGGUCUCUGGUUCAAAGCAUGUUUGAUGCCACGCCUUGGGACUUUGAGAGAGACAGCCAUAAGAAUGAAAAGGCUCCAGCAGUUGCUGAUCAAGUAUCUUUGAGCUCGUUGACCUACGGAAGACGCUCAAACUCAAUGGACUACAAAAGACUCGGACGCACCGACUACUUCCUUUCUCAUACGUGUGGGCCUGGCGAGAACGAGGUACAUUCUCUUGAUGUCGGCCACUUUCUGUGCGGUAAAAUUCGCUCAUGCGAUGAGAUUCUCAGACGUUUUGUUGUCGAAUUUGGGCGAGCGAAGACUGCUUGUGUGAAAUACAGCUCUAUCAAUUUUCUACUGAUAGUCAAGUACCUUUCCAGAUCUCGAUGCGUUGUCUCUCAUCCUCAGUCGGUUUUCUCAUGUCUCUGGGUGAACGCAAAGUCGCUGUACGUAACAAAUCCUACGUUUUCCUCAGCGCAGGCUGCAGCUCGAAGAUUUCAACCCAUUCCCAACAGCUCGAUUUCACCGUUAGAGCAACGGGAAGAGCUUUCCGAGGUCGAAAUUGCUCAUAUCGCCAAGGUGAUCCUGGCAACACUUGUUGCUUCCGUUAGGAUACCGUCGCUGGAAGCUUGGGUCGCUGUGCAGAAGUUGCGAAAGUCUGGUCACAUUGCGCUCCCAGCACCGUCUGGUGAUCCUCCAAUACCUGCGGAAGUCAUAUCACUCACGCUUGAAAUGCUUGAUGCUUUUGAUAAUGAUUUGGCACAUGCGCUGAUUGUGCGGCUGUGUACGGCAGUAGCUUGUCGAUAUCACGUCGAAAACCUUCACAGACAGAUUGAAUUGGGGGAGACAGGCAGAAAAGCCCCCGCACGCAAGCUCGCUAGACCUACUCGUGCGUAG